AUGGCGCAGGAGACGCUGAAGCUGGUGUCGCCCUCCAUCGGCAACGAGCGGCGGCUGCCGCGCAACUACACGGGGGACGGCCAGGCGCGCAAGGACAUGUCGCCGCCGCUGGAGUGGUACGGCGUACCGGAGGAGGCGCAGUCGCUGGCGCUGGUGGUGGAGGACGUGGACGCGCCCGCCGACUCGGACGGCCCCGGUGUGCCUUGGACCCACUGGGUGGUGGUCAACAUCCCGCCGGGUCUCCGAGACCUCCCCGAGGGCUUCUCAGGCAAGGAGGAGGCUAUGGGCGGGGAGUACGUGGGCAUGAAGGAGGGCAACAACGACUGGAAGGUUCCCGGGUGGCGCGGCCCCAAGCCGCCCACGUCCGGCCACCACAUCCGCUUCAAGCUGUACGCGCUCGACCAAACCUUGCGUCUUGGCAACAAGGUGACAAAGGAAAGGCUGGUGGAUUCGAUGGACGGACAUGUUGUGGGAGAAGCAGAGUUGGUAGCCAUGUUUUAGACUACGAAGCUCUGGUGGUUGCUGGACACUACGGUUCCCUCACGUUGGUUCUCUUUUCCUUUUUCUUCUUCUGUGUUGUUUCCUCGUCUUGAUCGCUAAGUGUUGUCUCAAUGCAAAUAAAGUCGUAUCAGAUUCUCCCUCUC